CCAAAUUGUAAUAGUUUGAAGAAACAGAAUUUGUAAAGUAUUAUGCCUAAUGGCCUAAUUAAUUAAUGAUGAAUCCUGUGUUGGUUCAACUGAAAGAUAAACAUUCAACCCCAAAAGGAAAGGUUUUCCACUGAACUCAAAAGUAGAAUUUACAGUAGAGGUCAGGGGAAGGAGAAAAGAAGGAAAAGAUUGGAUUUUGCUGGAGAUUGGAUUAGGCUUUUAGAAAGAACGGUGGUGAUUCUACAAACCAUUUGUGAAUGGCUUUCUUUUUUGCUGAAUUCUUGUUCCUGCUGAUUCUUGCAGGAUCUGGAAUGGCAAAUGAAUGUGCACCAGUAAGGUGUGGGGAAUCUGGACCUUGGAUUCGGUUCCCUUUUUGGCUCAGAGAUCAUCAGCCCGAAACCUGCGGUUAUCCAGGUUUUGAGCUGACCUGCCCUAGAAUCAAUGAUACUAGGUUUGAGGUUCGGUUUUCUGUAAGAGCUUCAACCACGAAUCUGAACAACAUUUUACUUCCAAUGUCAGUUCAGUCUUCUGUUUUAGAAAUUGAUUAUAAGUCUCAGCUCAUUCAAGUUAAUGUCCUUAAUGCUUCUUGUCCUCCAAAACAACUUCAACCAGAUAUGAGUGCAUCUGAUUUAACCUUUCCAUUUGAGAAAUAUGACUCCUUCAGAGAUAAUUUUACUUUCUUCAACUGUUCUACAAAUUACAGAAAACAAAACUCCAACUAUGGAGCUUUGGUUACUUGCCUAAGCGGCCAUGACUACGAUGUUUUUGCUUUUCGGUCUUACUAUAGUGUCUUUAACUUUCCUAUUGCAUCUUGCUGGAAGAUGUACGACAUUUCUGAUGCGCUUUCAGAAAUGACUAGUCCCUUUGAAAUUAAUGAUUAUACUCAAGUAUGGCUCCACUGGUCUAAACCAUCUUGUAGCGUUUGUGAAGCCAAAGGAAACUAUUGUAUGCUUAAUAAUAACAUCACGACUGGUGAGGAAACUUAUUGUCUUGCCAUGCCUGGACAGCCUAGUCAAAAACGUGGUAGAGGUGUCUCAAAGUCCGCACUUGCUAUAGGCUUCUCGAUCAGUCUAUCGCUGCUGCUUCUUAUUGUUGUUUCAUCAAGUGGUUUCAUCUUGUUGAAGGAAAAGAAAGAGGAUCGAAAGAGAGUUGGGAACUUUUUGGAGGACUAUAAAGCUCAUAGGCUUGCAAAAUUCUCUUAUUCAGAUAUAAAGAAAAUGACAAGCCAGUUCAGGGAGAUAUUAGGCCAAGGAAGUUAUGGGACAACAUACAAAGGGAAGCUCAUAAAUGACCUCGUUGUUGCUGUGAAGGUGCUUAAGAGUUCCGGAGGUAGUAGUGAAGAAUUUGUUGGCAAAUUAGUGAAAAUGGAUGGGAUCCAACACAUGAAUGUUGUUCGAUUAAUUGGAUACAGCGCCGAGGGAAAUAAACGAGCUCUAGUGUACGAGUUCUUGCCAAAUGGUUCGCUUGAAAACUUCAUAGCAUCAGGAAAGCAGAAUAAAUCCCUGGAAUGGAAGGAGUUGUCACAAAUUGCUACUGGCCUAGCUCGAGGGAUCGAUUAUCUCCAUCAGGGAUGCAACCAACAGAUUCUUCAUUUGGGCAUACAACCACGUAAUGUGCUGCUAGAUCACAGCUAUAACCCCAGGCUUACUGAUUAUGGCAUUCCAAAACUAUGUUCAAAGGAGCAGAUUCUUCUGUCCAUGGGUGCCGAACAAUUUGCAGUGGCUUACAAUGCUCCAGAGGUACUCUCGUCAAACUUUGAGAAUGCAACGCCUAAAUCUGAUGUUUAUAGUUUUGGCAUCUUAAUACUUGAGAUAGUUGGAAGGAAGGAUAGAAAGAAAAAUGCAGCAGAGCCAAGGAGUCAACCUUAUCUUCCAGAAUGGAUGUACAAUCAAAUGAAUGCAAGUGAAGGUCAGCUAGCAUUUCAAACAGAUGGGGAGGAAGACAGUAUGAUAAAAACAAAGUUGAUGGUUGUGGGCCUUUGGUGUACUAAGUGGUAUCCAUCGGAUCGCCCCUCCAUGGAAGCAGUUAUUCGGAUGCUAGAAGGCAAGGAUAUGCCUGUUGUUCCCCCAAAUCUAUUUGGUUCAACCAAACCGCUUGUAUCAGCUUAAUAGAGUUCAUUAGCUCAUGAAUACGUUCAUUAGCGCAUGAAUGCACUUUGUUGAUGGUGUUCUUACACUUUUUCACUGUUAUAUAGUUUGGCGACACACUGUUGUAUAUAAUACUGCACUCCUGCGGUUGUGAUUGAUUUAAAAAUGUUUUCUAUAUCCUUCUAUAAUUUUUGCUUCUGUACAUUCUGCAUUUUUAUGCGAGUCUUAAACUUUGGGGAGAUUUCUCAUCUUUUAGCAUUGUUUCGAUAUGAUGUACCUGCUUUGACUACUAAAUUUCCCACUUUUGAGCCAUAAUGGACUUUAAGAGGCGAAAGAUGAUAUUUUCAGAAAAUAAAAUACAAUGAUGAACAGAUAAUGUAGUAGCUAAAAUAUUGAUCCAGUAUAUCUCCUAUGCGGUACAUGAAAUGGGAUGAUAUUUGAACCGAUGAAAAUAGAAGAGAACAAGGAACAACUGUUUAUGAAUGUCAUGAACCAGUUAUGUGGGGAAACUGCUCAAAAAAUGGCAGAUUAAUUUUGAGAGUCGGCCUUCAGUAUGUCAUCGACUUACUUAAGUCGACAAGCUAUGCCAAUACUUGGGGUUUAGUUAUGCAGUUUGCUUCAGUGCAGUAUAUAAAAUAUCCCAAAGAACUGUAUGCAGGUAAGAACACUUCCAACUUGCAGAAUUCUGAUGGGAAAAUAUUAAGAUGUAUCAAUUUACAAAGACCAGUAGACCACUGAUAAAAAACUAACUACAUUGUUGAAAAAAUGAAGACACUAGUGGUUUCUCUGCGAACACGAAAGUCCAAACUCCUAACUUGUGCUAUCUAGGAUCAAUGGAUAAUACUACUGAUGAUCCUUUCAAUGUAGUUACUCCAUCUUCAUCAGCCAUCUCCUGUGGAGCAACAAAAGGUUUUGGAGGCAUAUGCAGGAGAUCAGCAUCGCCUUCGAGCAUCUCUACAAUUUUGUUCAUGGGAGGUCGAUCAGCUGGCUUCAUUUGUAUGCACCACAAAGCCACUAUAAUCAUCUUCUUUACUAAUGUCCUUUCUGCGGCAUUGACAUUUCGCAUAUAAUCUAUGUCCCUUCCAGCUUGAAAUUGGUCAUAAGCCCAAGAAGGGAAAUAAAUCUGGCUAAUAUUCUCAGCUCCUGGACUUUUGUUUUCCCUUCUGCUAGCCAUUUCCAUCAACAACAUUCCGAAACUAUACACAUCUGCCUUAUAUGAGACUCCUCCGAUGUUUUUGUAGAACAUUUCUGGAGCCAUAUAACCCAUAGUUCCUCUUGCUGCUGGAAGGGAUACGAAACUUUCAUCUGUUGGGUACAGUUGCGCCAACCCAAAAUCAGAUAUUUUUGGGUUGAAUUUCUCAUCAAGAAGAAUGUUGUGAGGCUUAAUAUCAAAGUGUAGAAUCCUCAUGUCACAACCUCGAUGCAGAUAGUCAAUCCCGCGAGCCACACCAAGCGAAAUCUCAAACAUUCUGUCAUAGCUCAAGGAGACAGAAUCUCCUCCUCUUGGGAAUAUAUACUUAUCAAGAGAACCAUUAGGCAUGUACUCAUACAACAAUGCACGUUUAGAACCUUCAGUGCAAAAACCAAUAAGCCGCACCACAUUAACAUGGUGAAUCCUUCCGAUUGUAGCAACUUCACUUAAAAAAUCUUGCUCGCUAGCCAUCGUGUUUUCCAUUAUCUUCACGGCAACAAAAGGACCACUACGAAGUUUCCCUUUAUAAACAGUUCCAUGACCGCCUUCGCCCAACUUCUCCCUGAAGUUGUCUGUCAUCUUCUUGAUCUGAGAGUAACUGUACUUAAUGGGAGAUAAGUUGGUUUGAUCUUGAAGAAACUGUUCAAUGCUUUCAUCAGCAGAUAAGUGCCUCCUUUUCCAUUUGUGCACCAGUAAUCCAAUCAAGCAUGAAACCCCACAGAGGAAUCUUAGUCCAAGAAGUCCUCCUGCACAUAAGCGAAAAACAUUGAGAAUCAAGCAAUCACCAACAUACUGAUGUUCUAUAUUAUAAUGAAAAUAGCUCCAAAUUGUGGCAUAACCAAGUCUUGAAAGAAUUAUUCAACCUUCUGUAGGCGGUAAAUGUUCAUUCGAGGGUAGAGACAUUAAGGAGUGAAGCUUUUACCUAAUGCUAUUAAUCCAAAAAUCAGAGUAAGCCCUCCAUAGAACUGAAAUUGACCUGCAUUCAUCACAUAGCAAUGUCAGCCAAAAUGGCCAAACCUUUAACAUUUUUGCCAAAACCAACUUAAGACAAUAGGCAGACAAGGUCAAUCUCAUGAUGAAUCUCCGGGGUAUCAUAACAAUUACUAUAAACUUAAUCCAACUUGCUUUUUCAAUUUCCUUCAGUUGGAUUUGGGGACUUGUAAGAAAUGCAUUCAAAAUCCCCCAAGAUUGUUAACAAAUUGUGGAAGUAAAAACACUUACAAUGAAAUCCUAGUUGUGAAAGUGGGAUGUCUUCGCGGCAAUAAUGUUUACAAGUAACAGCAUUGUCCUGAAGGAGGCAAAAUCCAUUGCUGGCUUCACAUUCAUGACACAAAACACGGAACCAAGAAACCUCGAAACCAUAAGCCAACAUCGAAUGAAUCCCUGACAGAGAAUUCCUGUCCUGAGUUGGCCCAUAAAUGGAGGCUCUAGACAUCAUAUCAACCGUACAAGAUUCCUCAAUGUUAUAUAGCUUCAGCCCAUCUCCCGCACCAACGUAACUAAACACCCUGGAAGAAUUAAAAAAUGUUGUCCCAUUUCUGUUAGUAUUUCUGCAGAAAGAGUUAUCCACGAAUCUGGAAGAAGAAGAAGAAGAAGUGAUGGGUUUGAAGCAUUUGAGGAAUAUGAUGGGAACGUUGUAAUCGAAUAUUCUGUUGUACACGAGGGACGGGAAAUCAUCGUAGUCAACAGAAGAGUAAGAAGGGAAAGAGCAGUUAUUGUGGUUAUCCAAAGCGGGAUCAACGACUCGGAUUGUGAAGUUAUUGUAAUUGAUGGCCAAGACAUGGAAUUUCUUGGAUUUGAAGGUUACAAAUGUUUGAUUGUUCUGGCAAUCAAGCUCGAAGUUGCGGUUGCCACAGUUCUUUGGGUCGGUUUUUAAACGGAAAGGGAAGGAAAUGUUGUGGAGAUUCCCACAGGAAGAUGGAACACAGGAAGUAGUGGCUGUAUUCUGGGCUCUGCUGCGAAUGCUUAUGAGGGAAAAGAUGAGUAGGUAAAACAGAACAGAUUGGUGGAUUCGGAUCGACAUAAUCAAAUUCAAGACUCAAGUUAACGGCUAUGAAGUUUCAAUCUUUGGACAGUAACGAAACCAAAUUUUGAUGUGAAUAUAUCUUUAUAUAAUAGUAUAAUACUGAAAUUGUUGGGAUGGGAUUGGAGAAGUUUGAUUCAGUUUGCAAUAUUAUGUACAGUUUUUAGUAAAAGUUGGAAACGCGGUGUGAAAUUUUCAUGCUCUGAAGGACGUUUUGACCAACUUGGCAAACAUGGCAGUACUUUUCUUGUGAUCUGGAUUCUGGAUAAUCA